AGAACUGCCCUCCAUUAUGCAGCAGCUAAUGUUCAUCAACAAUGUGUAAAUUUAUUGCUCAAUGCUGAUAGUGUAGUUAAUAUGACAGAUAUCAAAGGUUGUACACCAUUACAUUAUGCUGCUCCAUUUGAUUCUGAUGCAAGAGUUGUAGAGUUGUUAUUACGUCAUGAUGCCCGUCCAGGAAUAAAAGAUGAUGAUGGUUUUAAUGCUGUUCACUAUGCAGCCCUCAAGGGACAUAAACUUGCCUUAGAAAUGGUAAACAUUAUAUAA